UGCCCGCCCGGCGCGCAUCUUCAGUUGGCCUGGAGAUACUUUCCUGACCCGACGACCGAGACCGGCUUCUUGCUCUCUCCAUCUCAACGAGGGCUCUUGGAUAGUGCCGAUGUGCUCUGCCUAGUGGGCUUGUUGGUGAAUUUCUGCUUCGCACCUUUCGCCUGCUGCAUUCUGGCAACACACCAAAGGGGAUGAGAUCUUUCACGACCACUGUGCUGGCAACGGCACUGCUCGUUGCAAUCUGCCUUCUGACUGUCAACGCAGACACGAAUGCCCCAAAGAACAUUGCCCGAAGAGGCACAAGCAAUGUCGAGUUUCUGCCAUCGAUUUCGCGAUCGCUGCCUAGUGGGAGAUAUCAGUUCCCGAGCCAUUUCUUUGACCGCAACACUCCUGCGCUAAUAACGCGCCACAGGCCUGGACCCCGACGACUUGCCCAUGGAAAACCACCCCCGUACGCCGUGCAGAUGGAGCCUUUGGUUCAAUAUUCGCAGCGAGACCCCUUGUAUCAGGAGAUCGGCGGUGACUUGGACCGAAAGUACCACGCGGCCCCUCGCUAUCAGCACCACAACAAUCACCACCAACAGCCCAAAUAUGUGAUUGUUAAGGAGCCGGAACCCAUAAUCGAAAUUAUCGUCCAAGAUUCAAAUGAAACCCUGCCAACACCUGCCCCGCUUGAUUUGCCCGCCACCUCGCGACCCCGCGAACCUGUUCAAGUCUUUUACGUCAAGUACAAGAAGGACGAGCACAGCGACGGUGUCAUUUAUGAUAAGCCGGUCGCGGCCGUCACCCCGUCCGAACCCCUUGACGUGCCUGCAGUUCACACCGAAGAAAACGUCCCCGCAAGUUACGGACCACCAGUGCAAGUUACCACCCCUCAGCCCGCUCCUCAGACUACCCUCAGAACGAUCAUCAACCCCGAUUCGGAGCAGGUGCACGUUAACACAGGAGGGUUGAGAAUUUCUUUCGGCAGCCCUAAAGAGGAGCACUCAUACAAGGCAAAGCGACAGCAACCCGCAAUUGGUGCUCCGGUGCCUCGCUUCAGUUCACCUUCGUUUGGGCCCCAGUUUGGCUCCCAACCUGAUUUUUCGGCGCACAACAGAUUCUUGUCACCACCUCCUUCUUCUCACGCGUCCAGAGCGUCCUCACCGCAAUUUUUCUCUUCCUUCUCCAGACCUAAUUUGCCCCAAUUCACCGGAAAAUUUGAGUCUUUCCAACAAGGCCCACCAAGUUUCAGCGGAAAAUUGGAGCCCGUGCCAUUCAAGCAGCCAUCCACGGGAAAAAUUGAAUUUUUUGAUGGCAACUCCUUCAGCAGUUUCCUUCCCGAAACCCACCCUCGAUUCAACGAACCGGUGAACGGACUUCCUCCACCACCUCCUCCCUUCCAAAGACCGACUUUUUCUGCGCCCACCUUCAGCGGACCAACCCUUUCCUCUUUCAGAAGUCGACCUCCCAGCAGGCCCUUCCCUCAGGGUUUCGUCUCCCAGCCUCAAUUUUCGCAGCCGCUGAACUCGCCACCGGCCACCAGCUUCCCCCCUAGGCUGCCGCAGCCCGCACCUUUCGCGCCGCUUCCGCCUGCGCCCUCACACCAGUUCGCGCCUCAGCCACCCCAAUUCAAACCCCUGCCCACCCAAUUCAGCCAGCCGCCUCCGACCACUCCUCAACCCCAAACUACGAAACUGCCCGCCACUCAGCCCCCACCAACAUUUGUGCCAUUCAAUGUGGCGCCAUCCUCAGGGUCGGAAAUUGUCAAGUCGCUUUCACCCAGUACUGACGAACUUCAACGCCAGCAGCAAGAGCAAUUCAGGCGCGAGCAGGAAUACUUCAAGGAAAUCCAAAAGAUUCAAAAUGAGCUGGAGUUGCGCAAAACCUCGAGCACGAGCAAAGCGCCUUUCACCCCAAAGAAAGCCACCGAAAAACAGCAGCACCAGCAGAAUUUCUCGUCGUUCCCAAGCACGACCCCCGCCCCCGCUUCAACCACCGCCGCAGCCCCCGCCAGCGUUCCCAGCAACAUCGUCCUGCCCGAUGAAGUUCCCGAAGACCUGCGACAGCAACUCAUCUCGUCCGGUAUCUUGAACAGUGCAGAUAUCCAGAUUUUGGACUAUGACAAGGUCGGAGACAUUCCCGUCGAUUCUCUUCCUCCUGAGGCCCUCUCCCAAUUCCUUGGUGCCACCAAGGGUGGAAUCGCUAGCGCCAGUGCCCCUGUGCCUCAAAUUGUGCCCGCACCAUCGCACAGACGCUCCAGCGAAGGAGACAACGUUGCUGAAGCCUCCGACUUAGGAAGCAACAACAUUCCUGGUCCUGUUGAGGUCAAAGUGGUUCGAUACCAGCCAGGUGGAGAGGAAGAUGCCUCUAAUAAAUAUGUGCAAGACGGCGCCACCAUUCUCGACCCUGUCAGGCUCAACGACAACGGAUACAACAGCUAUGUGCCACUCACCAUCGGUGGCUCUUAUUUCCCCAUUCCAAACGCCAGGGAACUUCAUGGACGGAAUAUAACCAGUGUGGUUGUUUUAGCACCAGUGGUGCAAGAACCGCAAGGAUUUUCUCGGCGGACUGGACAUGUAUUAGAGACGGAGCAAAGCGUGGAGUUUGUGGCUGGCGACGCUCUGAGUGAGCUUGUGCAAAAACCGACAAAACAAAAUUUCAAGAAAUUCUUUGACAAGGAAAAAAAGACGCCGGCCAACAAGCAGUCCGUCAUUCUGCUUGUUACAGAAAAAGCGGAAGAGGAAAAGGUUGAUGAUUCAGAAGCAAAGCAAAUCUUUAUGUAUGACGUGAAUUCACAACAAGUUCGGCGGCUGGAAGGCGACCUAAGCAGCAGUUUCGUCCAAGUGGCCAUGGAAAACAGUGGAAACCAAGAGGCACCUGUUUCGGAAGCUGUGCCCAAUAAAAUUGAAGUCACGACAACAACAGAGGUACCAGCGAAGAAGGAAGACACCAUAUCCAUUUCCUCUGGAUACAGCAGAACUGCGCAUUGAUUGGCUAUUAUUUAUGCAAUGGCUUCUGUGCCAAGAGGGUAAAAUUUAUAUAUAAAAAAAUGGGAUUCGAGGGAAAAUCAGAUUAUUUAUUGAUAAAAAAUAUAGAUAAUUAUGUGAGAGAAUAUAUGAAGCUGCGUGUUUUGCUAAAUCUGAUUGAAUAAUUUCAUUGAAAAAGUAUAUGAAAUUCAAAAACUUUAUAAUGCAUCAUGUGUAACAACCUUUUUGGGUUCUGAAUGUAAAACGUGUUCACUCAAAUAUCGCAGUAGAAACUGUAUCCAGAUAUGUUGAUGGUAAAAUUUAACCACUGCAAAAAUAUAUGUACAGAAGGUAAAAGAGAGUUUUUAGUUUAGUUCAUCAGUGUAUGUGAAUAAAAAAGAAGCUUUUUGUAAAAUGUA